GGUGUACACUUAACCGUACUUGCCAUUACGCUGUUGUUUUUUAAGAAUGUCAUUGCUUUUGGUUGUGCAACGAUUUUAGCACUUGUUUUGCAACCACAGAGAACCUAUCAUCGGGAAUUAAGCAGUGUUUAAAACCAGACAAUAAGCCAUGGCAAGCAGUUCCCCCACCAAUGAUGACGAAGCUACUCAAGUUAUUCGUCAGAAAUUGAUUGCAGAGAAGAUCAAGUUAUGGGCUCCUCCGUACACAGAAAAGGGCGCCACUUCAAAAGGCGUCUAUCCAGAGGAACUUCUUGAGCGCUACGCAUCAGAAUUGAAACUCCCAAGGCAAGUUGUGGAAGAGACUCUAGAGAGUCUACGGUUACACACCCUGGCUAGACUUGCCACAAGACGUCUACAAGAGGCAACAUUGAUGGUUAAAUUAACCGGCAAUAUCCCAGGAGGACAAACAUCCACAGAGAAGAAGACUUUUGAUCUUCAGACUGAGCUGGAAAUCACUGGCAAAGAUCUUAAACAAAAAAUCGCAGAGAGGAGCGGGAUACCAGAAGAUCAUUUAAAGCUCAUAAGUUGCGGCUCCGUUCUUCAAGAUGCAGCUUCCAUUCACAGCCAACAUGUCCGACAUGGCUCUCAGGUGAUGGUCAUCUGUCUAUCAGAGACGGAGAUUGAAGCAAGGGGGCGAGAAAAGCAAGCCACUAAUCUCAUCAAGACCAAAGAGGCUGCAGCAAUUUUGGCAAAGAGGAAAGAUGGUGGGAGUAGCGGCAGUAGAGAGCGAUACUUCCUUCAGAUUGCAGACCAAACUGGUAAACCGAUAGACAUACCUGAUGAUGAGCGAGAAGCCUUGUCUGUCGCUCUCACACUGAACGAGAAAGGAAAGGCGUGUCUGAAGAGAAAGCAAUACGGAGAAGCAUUGCUGAUUUUAUUGGAAGCUGAGAAAGCCUUUAGUCAGUGCCGAUCAGAGAUCCUGAAUACCGUUGACAAUUUCGCUGUUCUUUGUCUUGACAUUGUGUGGUGUUACCUGUGCCUUCAAAACAUGAAUGAACUGCCUGAUGCAGAAGCCAAGCUGAAAAGAUGUGAAGAUUGUUUCAGGCGUAGCUAUGGCGACGACCUUCAACGGCUGACUAGUCUUAAAGGUCAAAACACCCAAGAGUUGGCAUUAUACGUUCGACUGUAUCUACUACAAGGCAUCCAAGCAUUUUAUCAACAAGAGAGGAAUAAAUCACUUGAACUAUUACAGAAGUCUGAGGGUAUACUAGCAUCUCUACAAGUGGAUGAGGGCAAACUCAUGCAAGUGAUUUCAAUGGGGUUCGAUGUCCGUGAGGCUAGGCUUGGUUUACGAGCCGCUCAUGGCAGCGUCUCGUUGGCUGUAACUAACAUCACUGAGCAGAGGGAGAGGAGAAAAGAGAUCCAAGAGAAGGAGAAACAGAAACAGAAGAAAAGACGGCUGGAAAAGAGACUAGGGAAGACGGCAAAUGGAGAAUGGGUCAAGGCGGAGAUCUACCACACCCUCAUCUCUAUGGGAUUCCCAAAGACCGCCGUGGUCUCUGCCCUGAAGCAGACCAACAAUGACCUUCAUCGAGCUCUAGAGGUCAUGCAGGAACACCCUGACCUAUUGACCAUGAUGGAUACGGAUGAGCGACCAUGGCAGGGUCAAGCUACAGAUGAGAUGAUUGCCCAGGUUAGUGAGCUUGGCUUCAACCGGGAUGUGGCACAGCUUGCUUUGUUUCGUUACCAUGGUAAUGUUGGGAAAGCUGUAGAGGUUCUUCUGUCAAACGGAGGAAUGUUGCCUCCACAAGCUGCAACUCCCUCCUCAGAUCCAUCAAGAGCGUCUACAAGUCGAACCGAUCCAUCUUCUUCAGAUGAGGAGCUGACAGAUGAACAGCGGAAGGCCAUUGCCGACAUCGCCCCUGACAUUCCUGACCAUGAAGAGGAUUACUUGGACCUCACACUGGAGGAAGAGGCAAAGUUCAUCCAGGAAUACAAGGUCAUGUUAGCAUCUCUCAGUGGUUAAGAAUUGGGGAAAUGAGUGGUGUUGUACACAAAUUCAAGCAAUAGACCAACAGGAAACUGAACAAGUCAUAAGUUUGGUUGUACAAAAAAACAAUGAUAAGACUAGAACCUGUGACCUCCUGAUGAAGAAACAAGCGCUCUACCAACUGAGCUAUCCAUCUUUCAGUGGUUGAGAUAAACUGGAGGAAAUUCUUUGAGUUGUUUACAAAAUUCAAGCAGAAGUGACCACAGGGAAACUGACUGGGUAAUGUUUAAAUAAAUUUGGUUGAAGAAAGAAAAAAUGACUAGAGCGGGAUUUGAACC